CCCUUAAUGAGCCCUCACAAACAAGAUGGCGGCUUGCAGGAAGAUGAGACGUAGCUGGAAAAUUCAAUGUUUCGUGUUUAUCUUGUUACAACUGUUUACUCCCAACUGUAUUUCGGCUCCGCCGGCAACCCAAAACGCAGUUUCUCUGGGUCCAGGAGUUGAUGAUUUAGAACCCUUGCCUUUGGCAACAGCCAGCAAGGAUGCAGAAACAGCCAUCGGCACUGGUACAACAGACGGCAAAGCAGACACAGUAACCAGUGACAAUGCUGCAACAGUAAUGAAGGCUGUAACAGCAGAUGCAAAGGACGCUGCCGCCACGCCCAACAAGGACGCUGCCGCCACGCCCAACAAGGACGCUGCCGCCACGCCCAACAAGGACGCUGCCGCCACGCCCAACAAGGACGCUGCCGCCACGCCCAACAAGGACGCUGCCGCCACGCCCAACAAGGACGCUGCCGCCACGCCCAACAAGGACGCUGCCGCCACGCCCAACAAGGACGCUGCCGCCACGCCCAACAAGGACGCUGCCGCCACGCCCAACAAGGACGCUGACGCCACGCCCAACAAGGACGCUGACGCCACGCCCAACAAGGACGCUGACGCCACGCCCAACAAGGACGCUGACGCCACACCUAUCGAUGGUGUAAUAGCACGUGAUGAUGCACCAUACACCAAAGGGGAGGUUAUAGCUGAAUCCACUGCCAUUAUUGCUGAAACAACUGUUGGCAAGUAUGCAAUAACUGCAGACAAGAACAAAACCAAAUUUGAUAAAUCAGGACUGACUCCUGAAAAACUACCUCCCAAACCUGCUGAUUCAGAUGAUGAUGAUGCUGCCAUGACUGCAGCUCCAGCCACCAGCACCACCACAGUCAAAGCCCCAGAGCCUGCCAAGCCCAUCCCGGAGAAACCAAGCCCUGCCGCUAACACCAAGCUCGUCGGCCCCAUGGACGCAACAGAGGAUGAGCAAGAGAGCGAUCAAGUGUCUAUCAACACCCUGGAGUCCCAGACCGAUACAGACAUGUACGACAGAGAAAAUGAGGAAGAAGGUGGUGAAGACUAUGACGUGACACCAGCUGUUAAGGUCCCUCUGGACCAGGACCAGAACCAGAACUUUGGCGGCCAAGACCUCAACGAGGAGAACGACGACGGCAUGGUGGACGCCGACGAUGACCAGGUGGUGCUCAGCCCAGCAAAGAGUGCUGGCAAGAUAGAUGUACGUAUGAAGGACACCAACAUCUACACCACCCAGGACGAGGACUCCCACUUCUUCUUCCACCUGGUUAUCCUGGCCUUCCUGGUGGCCAUUGUAUACAUCACCUACCACAACAAGAGGAAGAUCUUCCUGCUAGCCCAGAGUCGGCGCUGGAGGGACGGCCUGUGUUCUCGCAACAAUGUGGAGUAUCAUCGGCUGGACCAGAAUGUCAACGAGGCCAUGCCUUCCCUCAAGAUGACUCAAGAUUACAUCUUCUGAGCAGAGAAGGAAGUUGAAAGAACUAAUACGAGCCUUUUUCCAGCUGCAUUGUUGAAACGCUUGCUUGCCCACAAGCUUGCCCCACUUUUUUUUCUUGCUUCAGGAAAAACCUGGGCAGGAGGGAGUUUGAUCGUACUACCACUCUGUAAUCGAUACACGUUUUUCGAUGUUUGCCCAUGUAUGCUGGAAAUAUUAAUUUCUGUUUUGUUAACCAUAGUCCUACGUUUUUGAAAUGAAUUAUGAUUUAGUAUUUGAUUUAUUUGGGUGGCCUAUACUGGUCUGUAUGAAAUAUGUUCUCACCAUGUUUAAGCCUUACUAUUCUUCUACUCUUAUUGUUUUGCACACUCUUAAGUGUUUGUGCUGAUUGCAGAUUACAAACUCAGAAAAUUGGAAUGUAAAUAUUGUCAAUCAAUACCAAGAUGAAUAACCAAUGAUGCUGUACUUUACUUGCUAGUCACUAAUCUGCCCUGCAAUGAGUGAAGGCUAUUUGUAGUGGUUCACCUCAAAGCCCUCAUUCCACAAAGCGUUGCAGUACAAUUUGCAUUUGCAGUUGUAAAAGUUAAUAUUGUACGUAUGUAGCGUAAUACACAAUAUACAUUCAUGUUCAGAACUUGUGGUUAUUUCUUACGCUAAAUCCAUUAGACAAGUGAGGACUUUUGACAUGACAGAGCCCACCACAUUGUGAUAUGGUGGCAGUAAUUCCCUUGCCUGAAAUGGUAUUUUUCCAUAAUCCGGCAUUUUACUGGUUUUCUUAUUAAAACGUUGGCCAGAUUGUGCUAUGCACUAAUCCCAGUGCUGCCCCUUUUUUGUAUUUGUUUUAUGACUUUGAAGUCUCAGAUGUCAGGUAAAGGUUCCUCACUGAGAUUUCUCAAUGAGAAUGUGGACUCGACCGGAGUGCAUGUGAAACACUACUUCAACACAUUACUUUAGGGGACAGAGAACUGAUUGUCGAAUCUGGGGACGUACCCUAUUCCUUAUGUAGUGCACUACUUUUGAACGGGGCACUAGGGCUCUGGGUCAAAAGUAGUACACUAUAGAUAUAGGGAAUAUGGUACCAUUUGGGAAUCAACCUCAGUCUAGAGGAAACAACGACAACCACCGUCGCUCACUUGUCAUUAUCUUAACGAGUCUUCAAGCCUAAUGCCAUAUCCUGUGACGUGAAUCCAGAAUCAAUCAAUUCUCAUGCACUUUCUCAAUCCCCAACACUUUUUACAGCUGUCGUUUCAGGACCGUGGAAAAGCAUUGUAAAUCUGAGUGUCACGACAAUAGCUAAAGCAUGGAGGGGAGGUUUUGUCAUGCAUGGAACAGGACGUAUAUUGUGUAUCUUUCAUAUGGUAUUUGGUGGAUGGACACUGCCUUUGCAAUCAACUGUAGAGAUUGUACAAUCAUUUGCCGAUGAAGCACAAUUGUAUUUGUCAAUAAAGCACAAUUGUAUUUGGGGGGGCCCCUUUUUGUUUUUCCUCUUGCUAAUGCUUCGUUUUCUAAGAAAUACAUUUUGAAAAAUC